AUGGGUUGGUUUUGGGCUGAUAAAUCCGGUGCUGGGCCUACUUUGAAUGGUCUGAAACAGAGCGAUCAAGGCACAUCAUCUUGCCCCGUUCAGCAUGGUAAGUCAUCGAGUCAGUCAGAAUGUCCAGUAAUGCAUGAUGGUGUAGGGAAUGGUGGUUUAAAUCCCUUGAAUAAUAUGCCCAAUUUUUUGUCUACCAAGAGACAACCUGGACAAAAGUUGAACCUACCUACAGAUCGUACAGUCUCCAGUAUCCCCAAGGGAGAAGAUGAUCAAUCGAACUGGGAGUACCCUUCACCACAACAGAUGUACAAUGCAAUGGUACGGAAGGGGAAGAUCGAUCCCAAUACUGGUGAAGAAAUUCCAGAGGAUGCUGUGGAGUCGAUGGUCUUUGUUCAUAAUUUCUUGAAUGAGGGCUGUUGGGAAGAAGUGCUCGAAUGGGAGAAGCCAUAUACGGAGCAAACAAAAAUUCAACCAAAACUUUUGAAGUUCAUGGGUAAACCUCAUGAAAUGUCUCCUCGUGCCAGGUAUUACCAGAUGAUGAGUAAGGUAUUCCCCAAACAAUAUUCCGGAGAGCCGCCCUUCGAUAGACACGAUUGGACAGUUUUGAGAGCGGAUUCCAUGUCUGCAGAUCCUGAUUGUCCUGGCUACAGAAAAGUUCGUUACGUUAUUGACUUUUAUGGUGGACCGGACGAUGAAGAAGGGAUGCCUACUUUCAAUUUAGACGUUAGACCUGCGCUAGAUAACCUUUCAAAUGCUAAGGAUAGGUUUGUCCAUUACACUAAGCCUAUUAUCGAGAAGUAUUUCGACGGGGACAAAUAG